GCAAACUCACUCACUCAUUCCUGAUAGCCUGACCACGACUCAUUCCACAUGCUCGGCCUCGCUGCUUGUUAGUUACAGCAAGAGUCCACCGCGCACGCAAGCUGCACCGUAUUGGAAGGAAGUAAUACUUCACUUCUAAACACUGAAGAUGUACAUGUGGGUUCAGAUGCUGCAGAAGCGACGUGACGAGUUAGAAGACAUCUACGACCAUGAACAAGCACUUGAGAUUGAAGACGAGUCGGUAGAGGAGGACCAUGGCCAUCCCGCGGAGGCCGCUGACCAUGCGGUGGAGCCGAGCGACAGCGCGUACGAGGCACCUGUCUACAUCGCCGACGACAUCCACAUCCCGCCGGAGUUCGAGCUCCGGGAGUCGAAGGCAGCGGGCGUUGGGCUGGGGGUCUGGACGAAGGUGGCCGUGCAGGCUGGGGAGAAGAUGGGUCCAUUCACUGGACUACAGAAGACAGAGGUUAAAGACAUGACGUACGCUUGGGAGAUUGUUGAUGAGUUUGGGAAGGUGAAGUUCAUUGUUGAUGCCAGCGAACCAGGCACGGGGAACUGGAUGAAAUACAUCCGCAGUGCACGCAACUACAAUGAACAGAACAUGGUCGCCCUCCAAAUUAACGACCAGAUGUACUACAAGGUGGUGAAGGAUGUGGAGAUGGGAGAAGAGCUGAUGGUUUACAUGAAGGAUGCCAUGUAUCCUGAUGGAACCAUGCCGCCAAACUUUGAAGAAGAGAAGCGAUUCCGCUGUGGUGAGUGUGAUGACCUGUUCAAGUCGAAGGUAGCCCUACGCCGACACCAGAAGUACGCCUGUAACAACAGUCUGGCCAUCUUCAACAGCAUCAAUGAAGAUUUCAAGAGUAGGCAGACAGAAGAGCUGACAUCCCAACUCUUCGAGUGCACAGAUUGUGACCGCAUCUUCCCCAACAUGCCUAGCCUGGAGCGACAUGUGAUGACGGGCCAUGGCAGCGAGAGCCGUGAGUUCAAGUGUGACCAGUGUCCAAAGUCCUUCAACUGGAAGUCAAACCUGAUUCGUCACCAAAUGUCCCACGACGAGCAGAAGCGAUUUCCCUGUGAAAACUGUGACAAGGUUUUCACAGACCCGAGCAAUCUACAGCGACAUAUCCGCUCCCAGCACGUCGGGGCUCGCAGCCACGCCUGUCCAGAGUGUGGGAAGACCUUCGCAACAUCAAGCGGGCUGAAGCAGCAUCAGCACAUCCACAGCAGCAUCAAACCAUUCACCUGUGAGGUCUGCCUCAAGUCCUACACACAGUUCUCCAACCUGUGUCGCCACAAGCGCAUGCAUGCCGACUGCCGCCAGCAGAUCAAGUGUCGUGACUGCGGCCAGCUCUUCUCCACCAUGGCCUCCCUGAACAAGCAUCGCCGCUUCUGUGAAGGUAGGAACAACUUUGGCAUCAGCAUGCCUGCCAUGUAUCGGGCAGCUUCCCAGUCACAGAGUGGAACCCCCCUCCCUCCGUCCAGCCGCAUGCCGCUGAGGAACAUGCCUCCUGCCAGCCUGAUGGACUACUUUGGGACGGGAGGCCUCCACCCGCCGACCACUGUCCCCCAGCCUGCCAGCCUGUCCUCUGUGCAGUCCGUCCCACUGAGUCAAACUGCAGCUGCCUCCUUACUGUCCAGCCGCAUGCAGCCGCCCGCCGUAUCAUACCCCAGCAACACGGCCCUGCGAUCCCACCAUCCGUCCUCCGCAUCAACCGUAUCAGCCAGGUCAACCUUCUUCCCACCAACCUCCACGUUCUCCCGCCCGCCGUUCCUGAAUGCUGUUGGCAUGGUACCACAGAAAGCCCUUCUCAGCUCUCCCAUGGCCCACCUGCUGGCUCAGCCUGCCUCUACAGGGUCCACCAAAGAUUCCUCCACAGACCAGGAAGAAGAUGACAGCAGAGCCAAAUCAGGUGCCAACACCAAAGAGAGAGCCACUGACCUGUCGGAAGGCAGCGAUGUCUCCGAUGUAAGCACCCCAACAGGAAGUGACCUGGAGACCUCCGGAGGAAGUGAGCUGGACUCAGAAAGUGAAGGUGAUGGGACAGACAAAAAGUCUUCCUCACACAAAGAAUCAAGGGUUGCAAAACAUCAGAAGAACGACCCCACUGUCAAGGAGGAACCAGAAGAUGAAUCUGCUUUCCUGAAGCCAAACGACCAGUCUGCAGCCAUUCCAACCUCUGGUGCUGACACCAUCAAGGCCAUAGCCUCAAUUGCCGAUAAGUACUUUGGUAAUGAUGGGGAGGAAAUGAGGAGCAUGAGAGCACAGCAUCAUGAGGGGAAGCCACCCGGACCAUACCCGACUGCUGCCGAGACUGAGAAGCCAUUUGACCUGUCUGUGAAGAAGUCAGAGAGGAUGGCAGCACAAACCACUAGUGGGGAAGACCAACCUCUCGAUCUGAGCACUCACCCUCGGAAGGGUGAUCCGGACCACGCUAGAAACGUGGCCGAGUCCAGGAAAACUCACACCUUUGGGAGCCUCAUGGCUACCACCUACACCUCUUCCCCACGUGGUAACCCCCGUCUUACCUAUGCACGUCCAAGCCCCCUGGCUAUGGACCCAAUCUAUCGUGUGGAGAAGCGAAAGUUUACAGACAGGAUCUACAGUGGAAUCCAGGAGAAGUACAUGCGUCAUGCUAACUACCCAUUCAAUGCCAGCGAGCACUUGAUGCAGAAUGGAACAGCCUACGAAAUGAGCAAUAGAGGUGGAGGAAUGAUGCCUGUUGGGGAGUUCCCACCAAUGGCGUCGCAGCUGGCUGAUCCGGUGGUGCGAGGCAAGGGGAAGGACAGGUACACCUGUCGAUACUGUGGCAAGCUGUUCCCACGUUCGGCUAACCUGACGCGCCACCUGCGCACCCACACGGGCGAGCAGCCGUACCGCUGCAAGUACUGCGACCGCUCCUUCAGCAUAUCAUCCAACCUCCAACGCCACGUGCGUAACAUCCACAACAAGGAGAAGCCGUUCAAGUGUCCCCAGUGCGAGCGCUGCUUCGGCCAACAGACCAACCUCGACCGCCAUCUCCGCAAGCACGAGCAAGAGGACCAAGAUGCCGCAUCCGGCAAGUCCCCAACCUCGGCAGAAGAUCUGGUCGAGCUUGCUGACAAGGACGAAUCUUACUUUGAACAGAUCCAGAACUUUAUCGAAUCUCCAACCAUCACACCCAGGAAGGAGAACACUGAGGGCAACGGGAGCUUGGAGAAAAAGUUCAGUCCCAGCAAUGGCCAUAUUGGAGAACAAAUGGCUGCUGGGUCUCCUCCAGCACUGAUAAAUGGAAACAAGCAAAGCUCUCCAGACAACACCCCCGGUGAGGAAGAUGACGUGAUGGCUGACAAGGAAGCGGAGACUCAUAAGGUGAACGGGCGCCCCAAACAUGCAGAGGAGGGCGACAAGAAACCGGCUGGCAUCAAUGGUCAGCACGGGCUGGGAAAACUGCUCAAUGGCGACCCGCUGGAUUACAAACCCAUCUCCGAAACGACGAUGGACGACAUCAGCGUGGACGUGGUAGACUACUACGGUGGAGUUAUGGGAGAAGCUGAGUCAGACGGGGGGGAAAGGUCAAACAGGCAACGUCGGUCCAAAACACAGGCCUACUCCAUGAUGCUGUCACUGUCAGAUGAAGAAGAGAUGGCCAUGGACGACAAACAUCGUGGGCCACGGCUUCGGAGCAUGCGAAGGUCACUUAGAGUCGGCGGUCAAGAUGGGGAACAUGCAUAGAAACAAGAGAAAAGGAGAAGUUAGGACUAUCAGGUUUCUUGACGAGACAUCUUGUGUCAAACCAACAUGGCAAAAAAUGCUGAUUGUCCCUAGAUCUGUUCUCAACAUUUUGUUUAAUGCCCAGUGUCAGUUGUUCUGCUAAUCUACACUUUCAAGGAAGUGUAGCUGCUGUGCCAUAUUCAACAUUCAAGCACAUACACAAAAUUGACCAAGAUCAGUUAAUUAUUUUUUAUCUGUUUGGGCACACUUGUCUUGGAUCUGCUUACACUUAAGGUGUAAAUUGCUCUGUUUCUUGAGUGUAGAUAUUGGAAGGAAUAAGCACCCCCUUUUUCUCCUACUAGAACUUAAAGUUUGUUUUUGCAUAGCUCCUUUAAAAUUCAACCCAUUUCCUUCAUUGAAAAGGAAAAGCUUUGUGGUUUUAUAAAAAUCUGUCUCCAUGAUUUCUCAGACAGUGCUCCCACUGUUUUUUAAGCAAGUGUUUUUUUUUUGCCUUUGUUGAUCUAACACAACUGGCAGUUGAAAGACUGUCUUUUUAUGUAAUUGGUGAAAAGAUGGGAACUUGUGUGUCUGUAUGGCACAGGGGAACCUAUGGGCACUGGUGCUACUCCUGCCAAUCCAAAUGAGUGGAAAUCUCAAGCUUUAAAGUGAAUCUGUACAUAUAUGGGAACAAAUUCAGAUCUUCAAUCAGAUGUUGUGAGACCUUUUUUGUUUUGUUUUUGAAAAUCCAAUGUAAAUAGAGAAUGAGGUCAAUGACUGUGUCUGUGUGCCAUGAAAUGAAUAGUAAAUAGUGUUAGAGAUGUCCAUAUAUCAGAAUGUAUACAUAUGUAGAAAGGAAAUGAGUGUAGCGGAUGUGAGAAAAACAUGUAGAAAACAAUGUUGCAUUGAAUUAGUGGAACUUCAGUGAACCUAAGUGAUUGUUCAUCUCAAGUGAAAUACCUUUGAUGCUAGAGUAAUAGACGUAAGUAUUUCAAGUUGUUUUAUAAUUGAUUCUUUAAAGUAAAAUAUUAUAGGGUUUCUUGUUGUAGCUUGAAGUGCCAAGUAGUGAAUGUAGACAUUACAGUAACAUACUGUAGUAACUGCCAACUCUGUAAUACUGGCUGUGAAAACUGCCAGGGAACUUUUUACUCCAUCCAUUGUGCCAAGCAUUGCAAGUUGUGUGAAUUGUACAGUAAAUGAUCAGAAGUAGUGGUAAUUAAUUAAUAGUGGUAAUUUUACCAAGUGUGAAUGGGUAAUAUGAACUUCCUUAUUUGGCCUCAAAGGCCCCCCACAAAAUCUUUCUUCAGUGAUUUUAGUGCCAAAUGAUACAUUCAUGUUAUGUAUUGUUCAGUACAGUUCCCCUUCAGUUUAAGGGAACACAUUAGUGCUAUAGUUUGUCUGAAAGGUAAGGCCAAAUUACGUUCCGGCUAACACAGAUAGGAGAUUCACAGAUGUCAGUGAAAAAGUCAUCAAGCUUCCUUGUUACAUAGACACAUAACUCUGGUGAUGAACUGAACCUGGUCUGACCCUGAGGGUCUGAGGACUCAAGAACACAGAUACUGUCAUACUCCAUACUACAACAUUCCAUAUUAUCAAUCUCUGUAUUGUUGACCAAUCAUGAGCACAACAAGUGUUUUCUAUAUUCCUCCAUGUAUUUGACAGGGCAUUUGUUUUGUCACUUGUGUUUGAAAGCUCUGGUUUUGUGUCAACAUAAAAUAGAUGCAGGGAUUUUAUGAAAGUAGUAUUUUGGCAACUAUGUCAAAUGCUGAAUUCUUCUAAAGCUUCACAACUUCCAAAUUGAUGAUUAUAUAGAUGUUUGUAUAAACUGUGCCAUACACGACCUGGACUGACUAGAAGAGCCACCCUGCAGUUUAUGAUAAAACUGCAAGUGAGCAUUGCAAAGUGAGCAUUUCCCCCAUUAUAGCUUUCAAUGGUUAAACUCAAUACUUGUAUCAUGCAUCUUAUGUGUGACAACAUCAGAUAUAGGAGUUUCAGAAUAUCAUAAAAUAUUACAAUUGGUGGAUUUCUGUGAAAUAACUAGCUUUGUGAUUUGAUCACUAUUUUAAUAAUUGUAAGACCUGAAUUGACAACUUGGAGAAAGUAUUAUUCAAUAGCUAAUUAAUUAUGAGGGAACAAAUUUAUCCGAUGUAAGAGGACCACGUGAUUCCAAAGAUUUUCUACUGAUUUGAAUAUUCAUCAGAUCUCUGUUGUCGUUUGUGUACAGUAUUUUGAGUGGAAUGCUUUUUGAUUUUUUCCUUAGUGUAUUGUUCUGCAGCUGUUUGAUUGUAUUCCGCUAGUCUCUGGCUAGUGCGUAUUGUUGCGUUCAGUGCUGGCACACCGCUAUUUAUUCAAAUGUUUUUUGCAAGUUUGUUGUGCAUUUAGAAGGUAGAGACUUUGGUUCUUUCGUUACCGAUAAAGUGUUGAAUAGAAGAUACAGUGAACAUUUCAAAAAUUGUGUAAUUUUAUCUUUCACUUGAAUGGGAAUAACGUGUUUUUUAGUCAGUGUUUAUAGGUGGCAUUUUUAGACUUGUGAACGAGUCACUACAGUCAAUUCAUAAUGUUUCUUGCAAUUGUUUUUGCUAAGCUUCACUGCUUGUAUUCGCUGAGCGGAAAAUGUUUGACUAUUGUAAUAAAUUUGGCUUUGCCAUGAGA